ACUCACCAAAGCAUCACACAACACUCACACACACUUUCUCUUAUCUUAUUUCCUCAGUUCUUAUAACUCUUUUCCACUAAUUCAAAUGGCAACCGUCGAGGUUAAACAAGUGGCUCUAGUAGCAGGUGAAAACAUCGAGGUCACAGCAGUCUCCGAGUCUGUCCCAGCUCCGGUAACAGAAUCUGAAGAGCCUGUCGAAGUAACAAAUAAAGACUUGCUCAUAGUAGAAACAGAGAAAGCUCCACUUGAAACUCUGACGAUGGUGGAGGAAGAGAGCAAAGCAGAGGAAGUUGUAGAGGCGAAGAAAGAGGAAGAAAAGAAGACAGAGGAAGCUCCAGUGGUUGUGGAGGAAGAGAAGAAGCCAGAAGCUGAGGAGGAGAAACUCACUGAAGUAGCCACCGUCGCAGCUCCGGUGGAGAAGGCUGAUGAGUAACUUUGAAGAUAAAAAACUGUCUUUUGAAAGACAGAAGAAGAAAAAAACGUUAGCAAGUAAACUAUAUGUUAUAAGUACUUUGUGUCAUGUUUUGUUGUUGAGUCUAUGACUCUUCUUGCUUUUGUGUGUUUUUUUUUAAUUGUCUUAAGUAUUUUCAAUGGUUAUCAUUUUGAAUAAGAUAUACAUUAUGUU